GCCGCCGCUCAAGCAGCUGCCGCUGUGGUGCGGCUCACGAGCAGCGGCAGGUCUGUUGGACUGAGUUCGUCGGGAGGGUUAAAGAUGGAGGUGUGGGCUGCCAUCAAAAUACAGGCAACGUUCCGUGGUUAUUUGGCGAGAAGAGCCCUGAGAGCGUUGAGAGGACUGGUAAAGCUUCAGGCUUUGGUUAGAGGAAACAUUGUGAGGAAGCAGGCGGCGGAGACUCUUCGAUGCAUGCAAGCCCUAGUUAGGGUUCAGGCGCGUGCUCGUACCUGCCGGGCGCUUCUCUCCGAAACCAGCAGAUCCAGCAAGAGCUCCCGAUCUAAUCCUGGUCCUCCAACUCCUGAGAAAUAUGAAUCGACAUUACGCUCAACUGCGUCGAAGACAAAUCGGUCUGGUUCAUUAAUGAGAGAUUCUUCGAAGAAAACAAGGAUGGAUUAUUCUCAUAAGGAACAUUGGAACUGGCUUGAUCAGUGGAUGGAGGAGCGGUAUUUGGACGGCAGAGAAGUUUCGAAGACAGUGGAUGAUGAGAACAGUGCAAAGAUAAUGGAAGUUGACACUUUUAAACCCACAAAAUUCAAUUCUAAACGCAAAACCAACACUUUUCCAUCAUCUUCAUCGCCCAUGAACUCAGAUCAAAACUCCCAUGGCUUGGCUGUUGCCCCUGAUUCCCCUUCCAAAGACUCCACCACUGCUCAGCUAUCCAUGUCAAGCCCGCUGUCGUCGGUCGAUAUGCGGCAGUCUCUGAGCCCUCUCAGAUUCCCAAUUGUCGUUCCAGAGGAUUUGGGAGCAAGCCCUCAGUUCUUCUCUGCAACUUCGCUGGCAGGGAGUUCAAGGAGGGUGGCAUUGACACCGGCAAAGAGUGAUUACUCCAGGAGCUUGUUCAGUGGUUACGCAGAUCACCCGAAUUACAUGGCGAACACCGAGUCAUCGCGUGCGAAAGCUCGGUCGCAGAGCGCUCCAAAGCAGAGGCCUGAGUUUGAGAAAUCGAGCUCGAGCAAGAGGUUAUCAGGUCAGGGUGUGGGUGGGCAGAAGUCUUCAUUGCAUGCCAAGUUUGUUAACAAGGCAUAUCCUGGAUCUGGGAGGCUGGAUAGUUUAGGGAUGCCUAUGAGGAUGUGAGUUAAUUGUCUAACAAGUUGCAGUUUAUGAUUAGAGAAAUUGUGAAGUUCUUUUUGUUUACUACUUAUUUCAUGGCUUUUUCUAGGCUGUAUUUGCUUGUUUUAUUAACCUUUGUUAGAGUAGUUCCCUACCCUCUUUUAUAAGCACCUCAUGUAAGCAUGUAACUUGUAUUAUUAAAUUACAGUUUAGUAAUGUUGUACUG